AAAUACCACCUCAUUUGAAACUACAUUUAUAUCUUUUAUUCGUUAUUACGAACCGUGGCGAGUUUCAAAUUACACCCGAUUUGGGUAAGGAUGGUAAAACGAAGUUAAAAUAAAGUCGGUGUAAAAUUACCAAAAGUGCAGCGCAUGUGUCGCAAUUUUACCUAUUUCGUAAGUGUUUAACCAUUUGAGUGUACAAGGUAGUGUAAAUCAACGGUUCGGAGUGGAAAUAACAUAUCUCAUUUGAUAAUUAAAGGAAUUCACAUGUAAGAAGGAUGCUUUAUUCGAUUCUUGGCUAUAUUUUACUUCCAUCACUGAUAGCACAUAUUGUUAAUUGUCAAAAACCAACAUGGCAAUCACCUACAGAUGGUAGUUCUUAUACUCUAGACAUUAGUCUAGCUGAAGCAUGUACAGCAGAUGAAAAUGUUGCUGGUAACGAUCCUUUAAGAGCUAGAUCAAGCGGGGAUACUGUUUAUUAUAGAAAAGUGUCUGAAUCACCGGACGAUAAUGCGUUCACUGUGGAAGAUGAUUUUAAAAGCGACAAAAUCAUCAGGUGUGAAAAGACCAAUAUCAAAGCCUCUCUGUAUCAACUGAUUCUUGGUGCAUACUACGAUCCAAGAUCAGACAGCAAUGAAGCUACUAUAACAGUGACAAUUAUUGUGAAAGGAUUACCAGAACCUAAAAAACCUGUAUGGGUCAAGCCGAAUCCCGACUCAACAGCUGAUGACCACGUUAUAGAUUUAUUAGAGACUUCUAAAGCUGGGGACGUUAUUCUGACACUGUCAGCCACUGACGAAGAUACUGAGGCUGCAGGUUUAUCAUUUAACAUGGAUAAAAGUGCUCCGGCUACUAGAGACGUUUUUAUUGUGGAAGGAAACGAAUUAAAAGUUAAAGCUGGUGUAACAACUGACACAUUUGAUAUAGAGAAAGUGGGCGUUGUUGACACGUAUGCGAUUAUUUUAGAAGUGAGUGAUGGGACAUCAGCAAAACCUUUAUCAACAACAAUUGCUUUACAAGAUGUGAAUGAUAACAAACCAAUAUUUAGCGGUUUAUUUACAGCUAAUAUUGGAGAAAAUGCUGAAGCAGGUACGACUGUUAUAACUAUCACAGCAUCGGACGCAGAUAAGAGUGCAGAGUUUAACGCAGUUUCGUUUAAAGUUGACGGUGUACUCGAUUCAGUUUUCAUAUUAGAUGGUGACAAAAUUUUAGUAGCAACUGGCGCUACUUUCAGUCGUGCCACUACUCCAACUUACAAAUUUACGAUAGAAGCUUCCGACUCCACUAACACUGAGACACAAGAGUUUACGGUGAACAUAAAAGCAGCGCCGGUUUUUGUUGACCCGGACCCGGAUAGCUCGAAAGAAGAACAUAAAAUCUAUAUGUGUGAAUCCCUUCAAAAAGGAGAUACAAUUAUGACGCUGUUAGCUACUGAUGAAGAUUCAGAUGAUAAUGCUUUGACUUACAGCAUUGGGGAUAGUAGUGAAAUUAUUCAGUCAUUAUUUGAAGUAGACGGAAACUUGUUAAAAGUAAAAUCUACAGUGGAUGUGGAUAUCUUUAAUUAUGAAGAAGAAGGCGCAGUAUUAAGUUAUACAAUCGUAUUGAAGGUAACUGAUGAACUUGGAUUAAUGUCAACACUACAAACAACAAUAGAAGUCGAGGAUGACAAUGAAUUCGCUCCAGUUUUCACAAGUUCCACUGAGGCUUCCAUCCUAGAAACAUCAACUGGAGGUACAACAGUAAUCAAAUUAGUAGCAUCCGACCAAGACGGUAAUCCAGAAUUCAAUAAAGUAUCUUUUACUUUAAGUGGUGAUGAUGCAUCAUCAUUUGAAAUCGGUGGGUCCAGUAACGACGAGAUUCUAGUUAAAGAUGGCACAAUAUUUGAUUUCACGACUAAAUCAUCCUACAAACUGACUGUAACCGCCUCAGAUAGCGAUCCAGAUGAUCCUAAAACCACGAACCAAGAAAUUACAAUCACUAUUUUAACAGCACCAGUUUUUAACGAACUUAAUGUAGAAAAGUCUACGACCGUAGGUGACGGUGCAGGAACCGAUGCGACCAUUUAUAUAAUAAAUGUCAGUGACGAAGAUAACACUGGUACUUUAUCGAUUUCUAUCGUUGAACAAACUCCAUCAGAAAUAUUCAUGCUACAGGAUAAAGUCCUAAAGCCAAAAAAUACUAUCGAAGGAGACACAGGGGCAACGACAUAUAAACUUAAGUUCAAAGCAUCCGAUGAGAAACACGAAGUCACCAGUGCAUAUUUAACAGUUACAAUUACCGAAGUAAAUGACAAUGCUCCAAAAUUUGAAGACCCUGACCCUACCGUUGAGAUACUAGAAAAUAAACAAGCAGGAUCAAACGUGUAUGAAGUAAAGGCCACUGACGCAGAUGUAGGCAAUCCAAAUGAUGUAUUCACUUUUACCAUGGAAGAAACUGAUACAAGUCAUUUCGUUAUUGGCGAAAAUGAUGGAGUCAUCAAAGUCAAUACUGGCGUAACUCUUGACUACUCAACUAAAAAUGAGUAUAAACUUGUGGUCACUGCGAAAGAUGCAAAUGAUGCAACGGCAAAGUCUGCAAGUACAACAGUAACAGUUAAAAUUCAAACUACGCCAGUUUUUCACGAACUAAAUGUAGAAAAGUCUGCGACCGUAGAUGACGGUGCAGGAACCGAUGCGACAGUUUAUACAAUAAACGUCAGUGACGAAGAUAACACUGGUACUUUAUCGAUUUCUAUCGUUGAACAAACUCCAUCAGAAAUAUUCAUGCUACAGGAUAAAGUCCUAAAGCCAAAAAAUACUAUUGAAGGAGACACAGGGGAAACGACAUAUAAACUGAAGUUCAAAGCAUCCGAUGGGACACACGAAGUCACCAGUGCAUAUUUAACAGUUACAAUUACCGAAGUAAAUGACAAUGCUCCAAAAUUUGAAGACCCUGACCCUACUGUGGAGAUACUAGAAAAUGAACAAGCAGGAGCAAACGUGUAUGAAGUAAAGGCCACUGACGCAGAUGUAGGCAAUCCAAAUGAUGUAUUCACCUUUACCAUGGAAGAAACUGAUACAAGUCAUUUCGUUAUUGGCGAAAAUGAUGGAGUCAUCAAAGUCAAUACUGGCGUAACUCUUGACUACUCAACUAAAAAUGAGUAUAAACUUGUGGUCACUGCGAAAGAUGCAAAUGAUGAAACGGCAAAGUCUGCAAGUACAACAGUAACAGUUAAAAUUCAAACUAUGCCGGUUUUUGUUGACCCGGAUCCGGAUAGCACAAAGGACGGACAUAAAAUCUACAUGUGCGAAAAUCUUCAAAAAGGAGAUGCAGUUAUGACUCUUAAUGCUAAUGAUGAGGAUUCAGAUGAUAGUUCUUUAACUUAUAGUAUGGAUGGAAGUAGUGACGAUGUAAAGGCAUUAUUUGAAAUAGUUGGUAACACCCUAAAAAUAAAAUCUACCGUGGCUGACAAUACGUUUGACUAUGAAAAGGAAGGUGCUGUAAAAAGUUAUGCAAUUGUAUUAAAAGUAACAGAUGUAUCAGGCUUUUCAUCAUUGUUAAAAACUAGUAUUGAACUCGAAGAUGACAAUGAAUUUGCUCCAGUUUUCUUAAGUGCCUCUGAGACUUCCAUCUCAGAAUCGUCUUCUCAAGGUACAACAGUAAUUAAAUUAGAAGCAUCCGACCAAGACGGUAAUCCAGAAUUCAAUAAAGUAUCUUUUACUUUAAGUGGUGAUGAUGCAUCAUCAUUUGAACUCAGUGAGUCCAGCAAAGACGAGAUUAUAGUGAAAGUAGGUGCAACAUUUGAUUACGGGACGAAAUCAUCCUACACACUGACAGUAACAGCCUCGGAUAGCGAUCCAGAUGAGCCUAGAACUGCUGACCAAGAACUAAUAAUCAAAAUUUUAACAGCGCCAACAUUUACUUCACCAAUAAAUAAUGACAAAAUAGAUGUUAAUGAAGAUAGUGGAGACGGUUAUUUAGUAAAAACGCUCGAAGCUUCGGACGAAGACGGCGAUACUCUUACAUACACAAUCGUUUCUCAGACUCCAGAUGAUCCAGUAAAGUUUAUCGUGGAGAAUAAAGAACUAAAAACAAAAGGCACAUUUAACGUUGACGUUGCUGAUGCUGUACAGUCAUACACCCUUUCAUUAAAGGUUUCAGAUGGCAACGAUAAAACGGAUGAUGAAACUAUUCAAGUCGUGAUAAACAUAAAAGACUCAAACACACAGACCCCUAAGUUUAAGACAGGGGUGACAUAUGAAGCAAGUGUAAAAGAAACUGCAGAAAUCGAUUUUAAAGUUUUCACUGUAACUGCAACUGAUGACGACCUCACAGAAACUAACAACAAAGUUACCUAUUCUCUUGGGUCAGUGACUGAAUUUAUUAUUGGCGAGUCAAGUGGAGAAAUAACAGUUUCAGCAAAGUUAAGUUAUAACACAAAAUCUUCAUAUGAUGUAACUGUGACAGCUAAGGACAACGGUGGCAAGUCUGCAACAAAGAAUGUCAUGAUAACAAUUCUUGCAGAGCCAGUGUUCACGAAUAUUGCUGAGGCGGUAACAAGAGAGAUUAAGGAGAAUGUUGGUGGUGACACAUCGGUAUUUCAAGUAACGGUACAGGAUUCAGAUGAUACUUGGAACGAUGUAAUAGAAAUAGCAAGUCAGUCGCCAGGAGAAAUGUUCAAAAUGGAUGGAGAUACACUUAAAACAAACACAAAUAGUUUUGAUGCCGAGACUACAACAGCUUAUGAAGUGACAUUCAA